CAUCUCCCAACUUUCAUCUCUUCUUCCUCCUCAUCCUCCCACCUACUCAACGCAAUUGAUUUCCUACUUACUGCACACACACAUCGCGUUCCACCAUGAACGGCGCUCAAUUCACAGACCGAGCCAACAAGGCCCUGCUGGACUCCAGCAGCUUGGCUGAACAAUACUCCCACUCGCAGAUCCUUCCAAUCCAUCUCGCCGUCUCCCUGCUCAACCCCUCUCCAGAUGAAUCCAAAGAUCAACAAGCUACCGCCCAUCCAUCCCACGAGACCUCCUCUGCCCCUCUUUUCCGCCAGGUCGUCGAACGCGCCCACGGCGACCCACAACUUCUCGAACGAGCUCUCAUGAAAUUGCUGGUCCGCCUUCCCUCUCAAGAUCCUCCACCCGAGACCGUCAGCGUCUCUCCUGCCCUCGCCAAGGUCAUCCGUUCUGCCUCCGACUUGUCCAAGACGCAAAAGGACAGCUAUGUCGCCAUCGAUCACCUCAUUCUGUCGGUCGCUCAGGACUCCCAGGUUCAGCGAGCACUGGCAGAUGCCAGCAUUCCCAAUAUCAAGUUGAUCGACAAUGCUGUGCAGCAAAUCCGCGGGACGAGACGGGUCGACUCGAAAACCGCCGAUGCCGAAAGCGAGAACGAGAACCUGAAGAAGUUUACCAUCGACAUGACUGCCCUGGCUAGAGAGGGCAAGAUAGACCCCGUCAUUGGCCGUGAAGAAGAAAUCCGUCGGGUGAUCCGGAUCCUCAGUCGACGAACCAAAAACAACCCGGUGCUCAUCGGUGAGCCCGGUGUCGGAAAGACCACCAUCGUCGAAGGACUGGCUCGUCGGAUCGUGAACGCAGAUAUUCCCGCCAAUCUAGCGCAAUGUCGACUACUCUCUCUCGAUGUUGGCUCGCUAGUUGCAGGCAGCAAGUACCGGGGUGAGUUCGAAGAGCGGAUGAAGGGCGUUCUGAAGGAGAUCGAGGAAUCGAAAGACACCAUUGUUCUGUUCGUCGACGAAAUCCAUUUGCUCAUGGGUGCCGGGUCCAGCGGUGAAGGUGGAAUGGACGCUGCCAACCUGCUGAAGCCGAUGCUGGCGCGUGGUCAGCUGCACUGCAUUGGUGCCACUACAUUGGGCGAAUACCGCAAGUAUAUCGAGAAGGACCAGGCUUUCGAACGCCGUUUCCAGCAGGUCCUGGUCAAGGAGCCCUCGGUAUCGGAGACCAUUUCCAUCCUACGUGGUCUCAAGGAGAAGUACGAGGUACACCACGGUGUCAACAUUCUCGACGGCGCCAUCGUCUCCGCUGCCGAGCUGGCUGCACGCUACCUGACAGCACGCCGGCUCCCUGACUCGGCCGUGGACCUGGUUGACGAAGCUGCGGCUGCCGUACGAGUGACCCGCGAAUCUGAGCCCGAAGCGUUGGACAACCUGGAGAGAAGGCUCCGCCAACUGCAGAUCGAAAUCCAUGCCCUCGAGCGGGAGAAGGACGAUGCUUCCAAGGCCCGUCUCGCGGCGGCCAAGCAAGAAGCGGCCAAUGUCGCCGAAGAGCUGCGGCCGAUGCGCGAGAAGUAUGAGAGCGAGAAGCAGCGCAGCAAAGCCAUCCAAGAUGCCAAGAUCAAGCUCGAGUCCCUCAAGGUCAAGCGAGAUGAAGCCGAACGCUCCGGCGACACCCAAACCGCUGCCGAUCUCGAGUACUACGCCAUUCCCGAGACCAAUGCCCUCAUUGAGCGACUCGAGACAGAUCGUGCCCAGGCCGACGCAGAGCGGCGGACGCGCCAGGGCGAGGCGGGCGAGGCGUUGCUUGCAGAUGCAGUCGGUCCCGACCAGAUCAACGAGAUCGUGGCCCGUUGGACCGGUAUCCCUGUGACGCGGCUCAAGACCACCGAGAAGGACAAGCUCCUGAACAUGGAGAGACACCUGGGCAAGAUCGUGGUGGGCCAGAAGGAGGCUGUGACCUCGGUUUCGAAUGCCAUCCGACUCCAGCGAUCCGGUCUCAGCAAUCCCAACUCACCUCCCAGCUUCCUCUUCUGCGGUCCCUCUGGAACUGGUAAGACCUUGCUCACCAAGGCCCUGGCGGAGUUCCUCUUCGACGACCCCAAGGCCAUGAUUCGCUUCGAUAUGUCCGAAUACCAGGAACGGCACUCACUUAGCCGCAUGAUCGGUGCUCCCCCGGGCUACGUCGGUCACGACGCAGGUGGCCAGCUCACCGAGAGCCUCCGUCGUCGUCCGUUCUCCAUCCUCCUCUUCGACGAAGUCGAGAAGGCCGCCAAGGAAGUCCUGACCGUUCUCCUCCAGCUCAUGGAUGAUGGACGUAUCACCGAUGGACAAGGCAGAGUCGUCGAUGCUAAGAACUGCAUCGUGGUCAUGACCUCCAACCUGGGCGCCGAGUUCCUUGCUCGCCCGACCACAAAGCAGGGCCGCAUCGAUCCCCAGACGCGCGAGUUGGUCAUGGGCGCCCUCCGUGACUACUUCCUUCCUGAGUUCCUAAACCGCAUCUCCAGCACCGUCAUCUUCAACCGCCUCACCAAGCGCGAAAUCCGCAAGAUCGUCGACCUCCGCCUGGACGAGGUCCAGAAACGAUUGGAGCUGAACGGUCGCAAUGUGAUCAUCGACUGCGACGAUGAAGUCAAGGACUACCUGGGCGAUUCCGGAUACUCUCCCGCCUACGGUGCUCGUCCCUUGGGUCGGAUCAUCGAGCGCGAGGUUCUCAACCGUCUGGCCGUCCUCAUCCUGCGCGGCAGCAUUUGUGACGGCGAAGUCGCCCGCGUCGUUAUGCGCGAUGGUCGCAUCGACGUGCUCCCCAAUCAUGAUCUGUCAGUCGACCAAGACGAAGACAUGGUGGACUCCGAUUCGGACGCUCUUGCCGAGAUGGAAGACGGCAGCGGUGACAUGGACUUGUACGAUGAGUAAAGCGACUUGGCUGAUAAAAGUUGAUUGCUUGCGCUGGAUGAAUGGCUGCAACUGUUCUCUUACGAUUUCAUGAUGAUAUGAUCGCUUGUCUUAUUUCUCUUUCUAUUUACAUGUCUACUUCUCUUUCUCUUUACAUUUUUUCUUUAUCUGAACAUGCAUCUGCACUUCCAUGCUGGAACUGAUUGUACAGUCGACCUCGUUUGUAUUUAGCUACCAUGAUGCAUGCACUUGUCCAUAUACACUAAUGAUUCAUCGGUUGAACCGAAUACCAUGCCACAUAUGUUGUGAAAAAUACCAAUAGCAAAGCAUUUAGUAGUACUAUGUAAUUCUUCCAUAUCAA